ACAGCAAGAAUCGUGACGUUUCCGUUUAUGUACCGGCCACCUUCAUCUUGAAUUCCCUGCUGCUGGCUUGCGGCGAGUUGAUGGCUUGAAAAACAAUAAUUCACCGAGAAACGACUACAAAGAACACGAUCAUUUGUGUAUGUUUUAAACAUACUUUGUUUCAAGUAGCGAAGAAAAAUCUCCUUUGCCCCACAGUAAUGGGCAAUACGACGGGAAAAAAGGGAGAUCCAGAGAAUGGUAAAUGGCGUACAUAUGUAUUGUGACUGUCUGCAUGUGUUUUGAUGUGAUCUUUCAGAAGUUAAAUGCAGCGUUCCUAAAAGGUUUUUAUUCGUUUUAGUCAAAGCAUUCUUAAACCAAGCUAAGGAAGAAUUCAAUCAGAAAUGGGAAAAACCUGCACAGGUAAAAAUAUUCGGUGAAUCGCGUGGAAGUUUUGUUGAUGUGGAACGCGUCAUUGGCUAUCGUUGAAAGGGACAAUUCAGAAGGAAUCAGCUUUAGGCAAUAAUAGUAUUUUCCGGUUUCUUAAUAUCUAUUUGACGCUGGUUGAAACAAAUUCACUAAGUUUAAACUAACAGAAAGAGCCUCUUUAACAGGGAAACUGUAAAGUUUUCGGCUUAAGCCGCUUAAAAAUAUAUUUAUAUAUGGCUUUAGUUUUUUGUCUUGUGUAUAUUUUCUGUAUAGUCAAACACAACGCCUAAUUUGCAUUUUGAUUUUUGCAGAACACAGCUUGUCUUGAUGAUUUUGAACGACUUAAAACCCUCGGGACGGGCUCUUUUGGUCGGGUAAUGCUUGUUCAACGUAAAAAGUCAGGAACAUUUUAUGCAAUAAAGAUUUUGGACAAACAAAAGGUAACUUAAGAAAUUUGAAUAGCUGGAAAUGUUGAAUUUAAAUUUUUCCUUGUAUACAACACCGUCUGGCCGCACUAUUGUUUCCGUUCGCAGGAGACCUCCAACCUUGAGUAUCCUAGGCUAUUCUACGACAUGGAAAGCUGUAAACAAAACAGCGUCCGCUUUUGAAAGACUCUAAAAUCGUUGUGGUUACUUGCAAAACAUAUGUUUACAUGUUGUACAUUGCAAACGUAUUCAAAAUAACACGGCUCAAAUUGCCCAUGAAUGCAUUGUAUUUUCAACACAAGCAAUAAUUGCUUUAUAGAUUUAACAGACACGGCUUUUUUAGGAAGACAUAUUAAGACAAGAAAUUAUAGAAUGUUCUACUUCAGCCCAGACAGAAUUGAUGAACUUGAAACCAACGGGCAAAACAGUUCCUCGCAGUCAAAACAGAUAACAUAAGGAAGAUUGUUUCUUUAUUUGAUAAAUUAAUGAAGCACUCCUCGAGAUACAUAUUAAAUCUACUCGGUGAAAUAUUAACUCUAUUUUUAAUAUUCUGUUAUAAAGGUUGUAAAGCUAAAACAAGUGGAGCAUACUCUGAAUGAAAAACGGAUCUUGCAAGCUAUCAGUUUUCCUUUCCUAGUAAAUCUUGAGUGGAAUUUCAAGGUUGGUUGAACAUUGACUGGCCAAAUUAAUGGGUUGAGUAUUUUCGUUUUACCUAUAUAUCACUCAUGAAAAAUUCUUGUAGGAAUUCCUAUAAGGAUCCAAAUUUCCUAUUGGAAUCCCUGUAGGAAGUUUUGAUUCCUUUUGAAAUUGGAUUCCAAAAGGAGUCCGAAAUUCCUAUAUGAUAUCCUAAACAAAUUCCUAUGGGAAUAUUAGAUAUUCGGGUUUUCUUAGAGUGCAUUUAUAUGGAAGUAAGCCAGCCUGGGCCCCCAAGUUAGCACUAGCCUGAAAUGACUAUAGAAUAGACCUCUUUCGUGAUCAGCCCUCUUUCAUGAUCAGCCCUCUUUCAUGAUCAGCCUGCCCUUCAACAUGGCAAAUGCCAUCAAUGAUGCAGCCAAAAGUGAAAUUAUCAACAGCAAUUUUUUGCUUAUGGAUAUUUUGUGGGCACUAUCUUCUUCGAGGGGCAUUUCACUAAAAAAAUCCCGUACACUUUGUAAAAAAAUCAGGGUAAAAUUCUGAAAACAAAUUAAGAGAAAAAACCCCGGAAAAGUCUACAAAAUUUUGGAAAAUCAACAAAAAAAUAUGGAAAAGUUCUAAAAAUCCAUUAUAAUUUAAUUCAAAAAUCCACAAAAACUCCAUCAAAUAUCUGUUGAAAAAGCUAUGGAUUUUGAAAAUCAAAAAAAUCUCGUACACUUUUAAUUCGAUUUAUUCUUUCAAAAACUUUGCUAUGUUUAUGAACAGUUGGGUAUUUAUUAAGACAUUCCAAUUACUAUCCCGAUUUCUAUUCUAGAUUUAAAUUGAACCCUCCAAAUGUUUCAGAAAGACUGGCUUAUCAUUAAGAGAAUCAGUUUAAUUAAUUAAAAUGGAAACUUUUUCAUUAAUUAAAAAUGGAUGUGUGUUUACCACCAGUAUAAUUUAGCACUGUCAAUGAAGAAAAUGAGUGAAGUAGUCAUCUUUUAAUAAGAAAAUUUAACAAAACUAUUUUAAAGUUGGUAACAAAAUUCCAACACUUGAGGCAGAAUAGAACAUUUUGAAAAAUGGAAUGAUUGAUUGGAAGUCUGGUUUAUUAACCCUUUGAGUACCAGCACUCUCCCUUGACAAGUAAAAUUGUCUGGCAUUAGACAGAUUGGGACCGAGGGAAAAUUAUGUGAUUGGUAGCAGCAACUAUGUGACUGGUCAAAAAACCUCUGGCUCCAGCAGAAAAUUUCCAGCUCUGUCAAAUUAGUGAAAAUUUGAAAUUUAAUAAAAAUUUCACGUUUCAAAGUGGAAGCACUAUCUUUGUUUUUGAUUUUAACACUUCGCAAGAACAUUUCGUACUAUGUUUGUGGUAAGCCUACGCAGUAUCAAUGCGAGUAUUUAAUUUUUCGUCGAUGUAUUCAGGGGUGUUUUUUCCGAUGUCCGACAGUAGUUUGCAGCACAAAUAAGUGCUGCUGGAGUUUUGCCGGAGUUGAACAAACUAAAGCUCCGGCAAAAUAGGCCAAAACUCCAGCGCACAGCACUAUCACAUGACUACAAUAAAAUUUCUUUCAGAAGCAAGUGUUUGCACUGAAACAGUAAGGCCAAAAAAAUAUGUGGGUUUCCGGUUUCUUCUUAUAAAAACUUACGUAGGGUAGGUCGGUUUUAACUUUUUUUUUAAACUUCUUUUUAAUUAAAUUUUCCUAACAACCGGACGCCAUUUUGUUUAGUCAGUGCUUCCACAUCCAAAGAUAAAUUUCCCUAAUAUUGCCUCAAAUUUCAAUUUUCCACAAACUUUUUCCUCUAAGUGGAAACACUUACAAGCAUGAUCCAAUAAAAAAGUUUAGGGUUGGGAUUUCGACGUCCAAAAGCUAGGUAGGGUCGGGAAACCGGAAACCCACAUAUUUUUUUUUUGGCCUAAGGAACAUAUAAAGAAAUGUUUAGCUAUUUUAUGUCACAUGCAUACUGUACAUGCCAAGUUUCAUCAUGCAUGCAUGCAGGCAUGAAUAACAUUUAGGAUGUGUUAGCCAUUUUAAUACAUCAGUGAUUAGUGAAUGAUUUCCCAGACCUUGGAAAACAGAUUGUUGUUAUAAAGAAAUAAAGCCAAACAUAAAAUUUUAAUGCAAUGAGUAGCAGCACUCUCCCCUUGACAAGUAGCCUGCAUGGCAGGCGGUCUAAAAUACCGCCUGCUGGGUUUGGCAGUGUAAUUUGAUAACCGCCCACUUUUUUGUCCGAGUCCAAUUAGCCAAUCAGCAAACACUAGAUAUAUUUAUAAUCAAACUGUCAAACUAUGUUGUUGUUUGGUCGCAAAAUUGCAAAUGUAUAAAAAUAUGUCGACAAGAGGUAGAAAAGCAAGCGCGGAAAAUGUAAAUGACUUGUCGUUUGUUUAAGUGUGCUUUGAAAUUAAAAUACGGGGCAAUACGCCAAUAGAGAAAAUAUCUUAUAUUCGUAUAUAUCGUUGGAGAAAUUAUUUAUUUAAGGCAAGCAAAAGAAACGUUACGACAGUGGUAAAACCUUGGCCGAAAUAAGCCGAAUUGCCGGUUCAGUUCAUUUAGGAAUCGAAGUUAAUUCUACCUCGGAACUAUCCGACCAAGUUUGUAAACCGUGUGAGCGAAAUAUCCAAAAUGCAAGCGAACUGAUUGCCAUAAUCAAACGAGACAUAAACGCGUUGCCUGUGUACGUUCGAACAAAUAGACAUGCAGUUGUAUAUUAAAAACCUCAGUUGCCAAUAUGAACUGUCUCGUGUCCCUAACGAUGCCGUGUGGUAACGAAAGCCUUAAAAAGUUCAGAAAGUGAAGCGGCUAUUAAUAGGCAUAGGCGUAAUAGUCCUGUUAUAAAACCUGUUGCAAGAAAGACUAUACGGCCGUCUGUAUCUAUUCUCGUUAUAUUUUCUCGCGCCAACAAGAACGAUGUAAAAAUCAAGCUUUUCACAUAGAAUGGCCAAAACAUUCUUUCCAAGGAGUAAAUCUUUAACUGCUAUCUCUUGCUCGCGUUUGACAAUCAGUUCACGUUUCGACUUUGGAGAAGCGUUCAGUUUUACAACACCUAUUAAUUAAAUUGAAUGCAUGCAUCAUUAAAGUGUCAAACGUAUGUUUACAUAUUAAAGUGCAUUCACUUUUGAGUGACAGCGGCUCAGACUCGCAGCCAAUCAUCAAUGGGAAUUCGAUUACAUUGCCAAACCCAGCAGGCGGUAUUUCCCAGGCUUGCCCAAUUUUAGGAACAGCCUGCCAUGCAGGCUACUUGACAAGUAAAAUCGUGCAGCAUUAGACAGUAAAAUAGUAGAGCGCAUUGGGGCACAAUAGGGCCAUUUACAGGGUCUUAGCUAAAGCCGUGUUGGCCAUGUUAUCGCGGCCAAAAAUGUAAAAACACGGCUAGAUGAAAUGAACGCGGCUUCAUUAUUUAGUUUUGGCUGUGCAUGUAGGUUCAUAAAAUAAGAUGUUGCUACUUACAACAUACAGAAUUUCUUUGUAAAAUCUACUGUAGUUGUUGAAAUUGGUAAAAGUGAUCCGUGAUGUUUUAAUGUUUUCAUGGAUAAUGGGCACCGUAGUGUUGUUAAAAUGGUUUUAAAUGCCCCAUGAGUUGCUAAAAUACUGUAAUUUAUUAUAAUGUCAGUGCGAAAUAUGAGCGUAUGCUCGCCUUGUAUUUGGUUGAAAAGCAUAGAACAACCACAGGUAUAGUCUGUUGUUGACAAGCAUAACUGGAGCGUGUUUUUGGCUAUUCAAGGCAAUUGACAUGGGCACACCCUGGAAAUUUAGAAACACGCCCUGGAAAUUUAGAAACACGCCCAAACUAUAAAAUGCUAGCUAAGACCCUGGCCAUUUAUACGAGCAAAAAUAAGCCGCAGCCUAAAUAAGCCGCAGCCUAAAUAAGCCGCAGCCUAAAUAAGCCGCUGCUUAAAUAAGUUGCGAACAAUUCGUAUAAACAGUCAAUUUGCAAUAAGCUGCGGCUAAAAUAAGCCCAGGCUUGAAAGCUAGGCCUAAAUAAGCCGCAGCUUAUUGGAAAUUGACUGUUUAUACGAGUUGUUCGCGACUUAUUUAAGCCGCGGCUUAUUUAGGCUGCAACUUAUUUUUGCUUGUAUAAAUGGCCCUAAUGUAACUUAAUGGGUUAAACAGCAACAUUUUAUAAAAAUAGGUACGCAGUACGUACAUGUUGCAUGCCAUCUGAAACUUCUGAUUUGAAACCUUUAUAUGAUGCACUAGCGCUCAUAAUUUUUGGUACAACUAGCCUGAAACUGAAAUAUUAAUUGAUUCAAUAAAUUUAAUAUCAAUAUAUUUGUUGAAAAAUAGCUAUUAUGUCAAAAUAAGAAAAAUUAAGAUUCUCAUGCGAAUAGGCAAUGUUUUUUUAUGAGCGACCGUUCAUCCUUAGUUGCAAGCGAUGUCCAGUAAUAACAAGGUCAAGGUUUUAUUGAAGCGAUUGACUGUUACAUUUCCUUUACAAAUUUACAACUAAAUAAUGUUAUUUCCUACAAAUUUAGCUUUAUUGUAAGUAGCUUUUUGAAUGUAUAAAAACCUGUGGAAAUUUAGAAUUACUAUAAUAGAUUGAAAAUAAUUAUUAAACUACGAUUAUUUGAUCGAAGUAGAUCAGUAGAUUGCUAUUUCGUUGUAUUAAUGAGAAUUCUGUUUGAUAUUUACAUUUCAUGUUAUUUACAAAAUGUACUGUACUCUGUAUAGUUUUGAAGUUUUAAAAAGCACACAAUAUAAUCAAUGUGAGCAUAUUGACUCCGUUUCAGUUUGAGUGUAUAAAAAUUGAGUAUUUUGAGGUAAAAUUUCGGCGAACAAUCAAUAUUUUCUUUGUGUUUCCUUGAAGAAAACCAUGGAUGAAAACGUGCAUGAGUGAUUCACAUCACAUAAAAAUACUCGUCAGAAUAAACUCAGUAUUUGUCAUAUUUUACGAAUCUGCCACGUGAUUUACAAUCACUGGUAUGCUUGCGAUGAAAUGAAAUUUAGAGCUAUAUGAAUGAAAGUUGCAUGCCAUAUAUGGCAUGGGCAUGCAACAAAAAUUAUUUAUUUAGUACAUAUAGUGAUAUCUAACGUUUUAUCUUCAUCACUGAAAGUCCUUACUGUACAUAGUGAAGCGUCUGAUUUAAUUUCACCUUAUACAGGCAUGCAUUUCUUUCAAAUUAAAAGUCAGUUAACAAAGAUUGCUUGUGCCAUAUCUGCCUUCCCACAUAUAAACAUUUAACAUCCACUUUGUUGCUAAGCAUAUGCAGAGGAUCUCUAAUUUCUUUCAAGUAAAGGGUUGCAUUCCCACUGAGGUCGCACUUAGUUUACAAAUGCAUGUGUUAAAGGCUGCAGAGCCUUGUACUGUAUGUCAGCUAGUGAAACAAUCCAACACCUUCAUACACCUGCCUUAGAACCCUGCAUGGGGCUCCAAUUCUUCAUAAAUAGAAAAAGAACCCAUCGCAUACUGUCAUGCGUCUAUAUGAUCAUUCUGAAACUGGUCACCCUAUAUCUAAUCUUUCAUUUAUAUUGAAACUUACCGAACGUGCAGUUUUCAACCAAAGUAACAAUUUCCUAAAUGUAUAUAAGUUGUAUCCACAAGCUCAAUCAGCAUAUUGCGAAUUUCACAGCACGGAAACUGCUUUACUAUACGUGUAAAAAAUAACAUGAACUGUCAACAUGUCACGUUAUUGGUAAUGCUAGAUCUUAGUUCUGCAUUCCACACUAUUCACUGAAGUUAAUGAUGGUAAAACAGAAUUUUUAAUUAUUGAUACAAGACAACAGCCGGCGGAAGUCAAUUUUAUAUAUAGUUCCUUGCGAGUUGGUAAUACCUUCAUUAACUCAACUGACAAGGCAAUUAAAAAACGAGGGAUUCUGGUUUGACCCUCAAAUGGAAUUGGAAACUAAUAUUAGCAAGUGUUCCAAAGCAGCAUUUUCCCACUUAUUCGAUCAGAUGGAUUAGAAUGUUCCUUAUCUAUGAAACUGCGCUAAAACAUUGGUCAAUUCGUUGGUGAUUAGUCAGUUAGACUAUUGCAAAUAGAAUUCUUUAUGGUUUACCAACAAUUCAUCUCAAUAAGCUUCAGUGUGUUCAAAAUGCUGCUGCGAGACUGAUAUGCAAUACCCCACGGUUUAAUCAUAUAACCCCAACUCUACAUGAUCUACAUUGGCUGCCAGUUAAGUUUCGAAUAGAUUUGAAAGUGUUACUAAUAGUUUUUAAAGCAUUGCAUAUGGCCUUGCACCGGACUACAUAAUUGACCUUAUCACCAUUAAACCUCCAUCGUGUUACAAUAUUAGAUCGAACCAGGAACUUUUACUUCAACCAUCUCCUGUGAAUACCCUGGCCACGUUGGGUGAUCGCUCAUUUGUUUCUGCAGCACCUGCCCUCUGGAACUCCCUAUCUUUACACAUCCGGCUAGCAAGUACGGUUGACUGUUUUAAAAGACGAUUAAAGACAUACAUUUUUAUGUAGCUAGCCUAUAUGUAAAUACACUGAUUCUUAGUUUAGGAUAGUCAAAAUUGUAGCAUUGCUGUACAUAGUUUUUUUUAAUGAACUUUUGAUAUAUCUAUUGUAUUUUUAUCAACAUCGAUUGCUAUGCGCUUGUGAACAUUUACUAAUGGAACUUGUGCAGUAUAAGUACUAUUGACAACAUGAGCAACCGUGUUGUAUCGGAUAUACAAACUCGAGCCGAAGGCAAGAGAAGCUUCUUCGAAAUGUUGAAGUUUUGCUUGUAUUUUUCACGUAGUUGAAUCCAUCUGCAUUUCACUCGUGCUUUUAUUCUAGUGAAUUCAAAAGCUAUCACGUGACAAAUAAAACCAAUCAGAUGGAUUUAGUACAAACAAAGUGUAAACAAAAAAUGUAAAUCACAUUACAGAAUAUAUUAAUUCAAUUAUAAUAUGAGACAAGUAUGAAAUAAGAUGAGAAUUUAGAGUACUGUCAAUGUUAAAGUACUGUUGGUGAGCAACGGCGUCCAGUCAUUGGCAACGAUGCUCACCAGCCUGUUGCAUAUAGACAUUUUAAUAGUGGCAAUCACGGUGUUUCAGAUGUGAAAACUCGGGCUCUCUGUCCCAUUUCUGGAAGUAGUGAUAGCCACAAAAGACAUGGAAUACGCCUCAUUUGCAAACUUGGCACUGUCCACCCCUGUAUAGUAUUAAUGAAUUUUUUUUAAGCUCUGUCUUUGCCUGUCAUAAGCAGACAUUGACAGUAUUUUAAAUUCUUACCUUAUUCCAUACUUGUUUCAUAUAUUAUUUGUAUUUGGUGUAGUUUUCUGCAUAUUUGUAUUAAUAUAUUCUGUAAUGUGAUUUACUUUUUUUGUUUACACUUUGUUUUGACUAAAUCAUCUGAUUGGUUUAUUCUUUGUCACGUGAUCGCUUUUAUUUUCACUAAUAUAAAAGCUCGUGUAUUUUCCCAAGUCCCACUAUUAACUUCCCGACUAAGAGCCUUUUUAUGAUGGGCUUUAAAUUAAUACAUGCCGAAUUUAGUUUUUUACCUCCAAUAUGAGGGACAAAAUUUUGUAGUUGCUGAUACAAAAUGUUAAUCAGUCCUGAUGAAACAUAUGUUCCUUAUGGUUUCAGUGCGAAUAUUUGCUUCUAAAAGACGUACAGAGAUGACUCGGUUAAAUCUGCUGUUUUAUUUUACUAAAGCCUGUAAAAGAUCAGAUGUAAACAAUUUAGGCAGAAAGCUUCAGUAACUACACUGGUGCAGUAACAUUGAAUUGAAUAAUGUCAGAAUAUAAUAAAUGCAAUAUAUGAUAAUUCCAAUGUUAGUAACCAGUAUGGCAUCAUUAUUUGAAACUUCUAAUUUGUUUGCAUAUUUGUGAGACAACUGUUGCAUAUUAGGCAGCAUAGCAGUAAUAUUUCACACGGCCAUUAAGCAUGGCAUACGACAUUCUUGACUCGUUUGGUGUAGGUGAUGGACGAGUAGCACACUUUCCACUCGAAAACCGUGAUUGCUUGGAUGUGACUACGCAUUGCCAAUUUCUCUGGCCAUGAAUAUGAUGAGCCGAUGUUUCAUUUUCAACACUCCAUCCCAGUUUUCUUGCCAAAUUAGAAGGGUUAACUUCCAAUUGUGGGGGAGGUGUGGAUGUUUCCUGGACUGAUCCCAUUAGGAUCGUAAUUCUGAUCGGAAUUUGGGCCAAGUUCGCAUUGAAUCGAUUUUUUCUUUUGGAGGUUCAAUGUAUUCCAAAUGGAAAAUUUACUUUCUCGGUAUUGGAAUUCCAAAUGGUUCUAGUUGGAAUUUUGCAAAAAGUUCCUAUUGGAAUUCCAAUUGGAUUUUUUGUGAGAAUAUGACAGUCAUGCGUAGCUUUAUUAAAAAGAGCAUUUAACACUCUUGCCAGGUAGGCAAGCCUGGCCAGUUAAUUGCUUUUUGACAGCAAAUACCUAGCUCAAUAAAAAAUUGCAUUGCUAUUUGUGUAACAGUGCCUUAUAGGAAUCAAUCCUGAUCUUGAAUUGUAACAUGUUGUCAAAUGACCAGAUUUUAUCAGGCAAUCCGAUAUGAAUGCUUGAAAGUCCAGAUAUUAAACAUUAAACGCAUGUGUAAAGUACAAUUUUAUCAGAGCAACAGCCUAAACAAAAUAAUGUGGUUUGAAUGCACAUAACCGUGAUAACGUACUGCAUUAAUUUAAAUGUCUACCUACACUGUAGUUAGUUGUAAAAUGGGUAAUAGGUUUAAGUGAAUUUUAAAUAUUUUCUGACAAAAUGUACUAAUGACGAAAUCGAACUUUGUGUCAUGCAAUUUUCAUCUGAAAUCUAAUUGUGAUUUUUCAUAUCCGCUCUCGCUUUGAGGUUGUGCAAGUUUCUAAUCAUAUCUUUAUUUAAUUUAGACCAAAUUGUACUCUACUCAAUUCAAUAUUUCCCGUUACUGAUUUCAACAAUAUUUUCAUACAUAGGAUAAUUCUUAUCUCUAUAUGGUAUUGGAGUUUGUUCCUGGUGGUGAGAUGUUUUCUCAUUUAAGACGUAUUGGAAGAUUCAGGUUGGCGGAAUUCGUAGUUGCUUUUUCUAUAAUGUAGCUUUUCGAAGGCAGAUGUAUAUUUCAUGAUUAUUAAUACUGUAUCAACCAAGACUAUUUUUCUUUUCAGUGAAGCACAUUCAAGGUUUUAUGCUUCUCAAAUAGUUCUUGCAUUUGAGUAUCUCCAUUCAUUAGAUCUUAUUUACAGGUAAGUUGGAACAUGUGCCAAUUUAAUUAUUAUCGCCUUAUUGUAGGAAAUGUAUUUGCAAAACAACCCAUAAUUGGUUGCAUUAAAAAACAUGUACAAUACAGCCCCCAAAAGAGUAGUCAUCAACCAUUGCAUACUUAUGGCGGUUACAACGGUAUUGAUAAUUAGAGUAGCAGCCCCCGCCCCUGAAAAUAUGGAAUUAACAUCCGACUAUCAACCUGAAUGAUCCUUUGAUGCAACUUUGUUUUUAUUUCAGAGAUUUAAAACCUGAAAACCUUCUUAUUGAUCAGCAAGGAUACUUAAAGGUAUGAAUGUAUAUAAUUAUAAUCCUGCAUAUAUUCUUUGCAAUGCCAGCAGUACCACGCGAAUUAACAUGCGAGUUGGCUUUCCCAUUUUGUAACAGAUCACUGAUUUUGGAUUUGCAAAACGAGUGAAAGGACGAACAUGGACAUUGUGUGGCACUCCAGAGUACUUAGCACCAGAAAUCAUUCUAUCAAAGGUAAUAAAUUCUAGUAUAAUUACAGUAUGACCUAUAUUAAAAAGUGACUGGCGCGUGUGAUUUUAUUUGAUGAUUGUCUAUUUAUUUGGCAAUUAUUUAACAAGGGUUCUACUACUUUAGGGAUACAACAAAGCAGUAGAUUGGUGGGCAUUGGGUGUGUUAAUCUAUGAAAUGGCAGCUGGUUACCCACCGUUCUUUGCCGACCAACCAAUUCAGAUUUAUGAGAAGAUUGUUUCAGGAAAGGUACUUAUUUUUAUCCACUGCUUAUACGAUGUCUAAAAGAUGACGAUGAUUACUUUUUAUCUCACUGUUUAUUUAUUGUGAUGUUGGGCAGUGGACGGGAGUCCAAAAUUCGAAUCUGUUCCACACAGCAAAUGCCUUUUAAAAAUUUCUAUUAAAUAUUUUCCUCAGAGUCUGAAAUAACGGUAAAAAAAUUGUCAGGAAAAUAUUUGGCACUGCCAGAUGCCGACGUACCUGAGUAUUUGUGUACGAUUCUUAUUCUGGGUAUGAAAAUUACUGCUCAUGGCAUUAUUGCGCUUCAUUAAGUUUAUUGUGAAAUUUGAAAUACAACCACUUUACACGUGGUUCUUCGAUGAGAUACGCCAGAAUAUGAGUCGUACGACAAAUUGCAGCGUGCAAACGUACCUUUCAUAGAUUCUUACAAAUAGAGGAAGUACAAUCUCGUUCCCCGAGCCUGCGAUCCUUGGGAAGGAAACGAAGGCUCUGGGAUAAUCCGUUGCCGGAAGCCAGGAAUUGUGGCUAAGAUUGAACUACGCAUUCCAUUUCAACGGCCAAUCAGAUUCCUCCCUGAAACGGAUUAUCCCAGAGCCUCGCGUUCCUUCCCGAGGAUCGCAGGCUCGGGGAACGAGAUUGGAGGAAGUAUUGCUUUAAUGCUAGUAUUUGAGUUUUGUUUACCUAAUUUGUUUAAAUAUAAUUUGCAAAUCGUUCAGGUCCGGUUCCCAUCUCAUUUUACCUCGGAAUUAAAAGAUCUUCUGAAGAACUUGCUUCAAGUGGAUUUGACGAAACGUUAUGGUAAUUUAAAGAAUGGGGUAAAUGAUAUAAGAAAUCACCGAUGGUUUGGUCCGACUGAUUGGAUUUUGAUUUAUCAGAAGAAGGUAAUUUAUGUAGUACCAAAUACUGUCCUAUAUUCGUACCAAAACAGUCAAACGAGUCCGUGAUAUUCUCUUACUACUCGUCCCCUGAGUCACGGAAUAAGACAUACAGAAGUGUAACUUCCAUUACAAAACCGUAAGGCGCUUUUUUACCGAAAUAGCUGGCGGCCAUGUUCUUAGCAAAUGCCCUAAAGAGAGGCAUUCACCCCCCUGGAAUAUUAAAUUUUCAAUAUGUUUUCAGGGGGGUGACUGCCUCUCUUUAGGGCACUUGCUAAGAACAUGGCGGACUGAAAAAAUCCCUUACGCACUUUUAAUAAGAAGAUAACUUCUGUAUGUCUUUAUUCUGUGCCUGAGUCUUUCAUUAUGUUUUCAAUCCACGUUCAAAAUGUUUCUUGAUAAAGGUGGAAGCUCCGUUCAAGCCGAAAUGCAAAGGUCCUGGUGAUCCGAGUAAUUUUGACGACUAUGAAGAAGAACAAUUAAGAUUGUCAACAACGGAAAAAUGCGCAAAAGAAUUUGCCGACUUUUAAAGAAGAACUUCCUUCAAACGACAACUGCGCCGUAGUCUGUGACUAUACAUACGCGUUUUUUGGAGGGACACAAACCAGACUCGUGCGUCUCUAUUCAAACGACUUUUAAUGAUUUUAGUCCGAAAUUUAACGAAACAUUGGUUCAUUAUUUAUUAAAAUCCGAAAGUUUUAAGUAUAUAGAGAAAUGAGGAAGUUUUAUUUGUACGAACUUUUAAAACAUGGUCUGUAAAUUAUUGUUAUAGGAUACAGUUAUGCGUAUCUCGUUGACCGAAAUCGUACAGAAAGAUAGUAUUAUAUGACGCAGUUACUGUGAAAUAAAAGUUAUCUCUAAUAUCCGGGUCUAUAAUUGUAAAUACUCUGCUGUAUUUUGAGUGUGAUGUAUUGAAAUUUGAAGGAAGUAGCGAUAUGGUCGCAUGCGUGUUG